AUGCCCAGCAAGGGCGAGAAGGAUGACGCUGCCAGGCGGCUCAGUGCUGCGAGCAGCACUCUCGGGCAGAGCGAAGAUGAACCCUUUGCACCGCUGUUGGGUGUGGCGCCGUACGAUGGCCGUAGGCUGGUAACCAUCCGCGCUAUUUUCACUGGCGGUGUGCUUGGGUCUCUGAUUGCCUGCUCCAAUCUGUAUCUUGGCCUCAAGACCGGCUUUGGCGCGGACGCAACACUCUUCUCUGCGAUCUUUGGAUUCGGAAUCUGCAAGAUGCUAGAAAAGUCCCAUAUCCCCUUUCUUGCUGGCGACUUUGGUCCCCACGAGAACAAUAUUAUUCAGGCCACAUCUCUCGGAUGCAUCGGCGUUGGGUUCAUGUUCAUGAGCGGUGUCCCAGCCAUGUAUCAGCUGAAGCUGCUCGGACCAACCGCGCAGUCUGACUAUGGAAGGAUGCUGUGUCUGACGCUCGUUGGUGGCUUCUGGGGCCUUGGGUUUGCAGCUCCCCUGCGACGGCUGUUCAUCCUGAAACUCGCUCGCCAGCUCAGUCUGAAUUUCCCGCUUGGCACCGCAUCGGCCUUCACAAUCCGAGCCCUCCACGCAGCCACGAGCGAAGCUGCAGCUGCGACGGAGAAGAUCAAGACCAUUUCCAUCUCGUUCUCGGCCUCUCUGGUAUGGUCUGUGGGCUCGGCCUACGCGCCGGGGAUCCUGUACCAGUGGAACCCAUUUUGGUGGAUUUACAAAUGGGGGGGCCACAGCAUCAUUGGUGCUGUCAACUGGGGCUGGCUCUCCUGGCAAUGGUCGCCGUCUCUGAUCGGGAUGGGGAUGCUGAUCGACCUCAACGCCUCACUGUCCUAUGUCUUCGGAUCGAUCCUUGCCUGGGGCAUCCUUGGGCCGGUCCUUGUGGCAAAAGGCGCGGCCGUGGGGGUUCCCUCUGACCCUACCAACCCGGAUCUUGUCACAUACAACGCGUUUGUCGCCGGCCAGUUCGUCACGAGCCCCUCGCCGCGCUACUGGAUUCUUUGGCCGGCGGUCUUCACUAUGCUCGCCGCGUCAAUCGCCACGAUCGUGCUAGAGUCGAACAACUUUGUCAAGCUGGGCAGAUACGGCCUGCAGCGCAUGCACGGCAAGUUCACACAGUACACGGGAAAGCGCCUGUUCAGGUCCCGAAGCAGGAGCAGACCCUCGCCCGACGGCUCUGUCAUCAACCACACCCCCGUGCUGGGUGAACUGGAGAUCCCCGACCCGGUCCCGGCCGAGCACCAAGUGCGGUGGUGGGAGUGGUCCUCAGUGACAAUCGCGGGCUUCGUCUUCGCAAUGGUCGCGCUCAAGUAUACCUUCGGCGUCCCGCCGACCCUGAUCCUGCUCAACGUCUUCCUAGGCUUCCUCUGGGCGCUCGUCGUCAUCCAGGUCUUUGGCGCGUCCGGGACAAACCCCACGGGCUCCGUCGCCAAGGGCUCGCAGUUCAUCACGGGCGCCGUCUCGCGAGACCGGGUCGCCACUGAGGGCUUCGAACACGCUGCGCGCGCGAACCUCGUCGGCUCGAUCCUCUCCGCGUCCGCUGCCAACCAGGCCGGUGAACUGUGCCAGGAUUUCCGAACGGGGUUCCUUCUCGGCACCCCUGCGCGCGCACAGUGGCACGCGCAGAUGCUAGGGACGUGCAUCGCCGUCUUCCUCUCCCCGGCGCUCUUCCUCCUCUUCGCGCGUGCAUUUCCCUGCAUCACCGACGCCUCCGCCACAACGUGCCAGUUCGCGCUCCCCUCCGUCACGGCCUGGCGCGUGAUUACCGAAGCAAUCCUCGCCCCCGAAAUCCCAAUCGCGCAAUCCAGCUGGAUAUGCUCGAUCGUCAUGUCCGCCAUCGCAAUCGGGAUGGUCGUGCUAAAGCGACACCUCAGCAAGAGCACAAUCCCCUCCACCCAAAAGUGGCAGGUCUUUGUCCCGAACAUGUCCCUCGUCGGACUAUCGAUGGCAACGCCCGGGUCCGUGGUGGCGCUGACGAUUGCAAUAGGGUCCGUUGGCGCCUGGGUGUGGAAGACGCGGUGGCCUGAGUCGCAUCGGAGAUUUGUCUAUGCGGUUGCCUCAGGCGGGAUUGCGGGCGAGGGCAUUGGGAAUGUCGUACAGAGCAUAUUGCAGAUUUCCGGCGUUGGCGGAGGCGAUCUGGGGACUAUGCUGGGCUGUCCUGGGGGUGCGUGCUGA